AUGGAUGUGAACGAAAAGCCUGGCUUGGGCCCCAUCACCCCUUUUGUGCGCGCCAUUGAUGGAUUCAAACCGUAUGAUCCAGCAAUCAAGAUCAUUGCUUCCGGCGGGGUUACGUCUUCGCUUAACCUUCCAGGCUCUGGGAACAUAGUCGGUGGCCAGGCAUACUUAGUGAAAAAUCUGCCCCUAGCUGGGGAGAAUGGUGAGCCAAUCGUCGAGGAACUACUCCUUGAGCAUGGCUUGCCGAAAGAGAGUCGGCAACGCUACUUGAAGAUGGCUUGCGGCGAAAACCCGAAGCACAUAUACGGGCAUACCCGCCUUGGUAAUGCUUGGCUUCUCAGAGAGCAUCUGGAUCGGGCUAGGAAACUCAAGAAUAAGCAAGAUGCGUGGUGUCGAAGUGCUGAUGAUAUUGACGCCGGCAGUUUCUUCAAAGAUAGCCGAAUCUUCCGUUUCAUUGCAGACUCCGGAGAGUUGCCGGUGGAUUUGGAGCUCGAGCCCACCGUUGCUCUGUUGAGGGGCAAGUUCAACGUCAACAUCCAUUGCUACGAGCCUGAGGACUUUGAGCGAAUGCUGGAUAUUCUACAUGAGUUUGAAAUUCAUCCGCAAGCUUUCCAUCAUGCUCUCGAGGCGUGGCAGGUUCCCGAAUUUCUCAAACAACAGGAAGAGUAUAGCAAUCUGAUCCGAAACAUCACUAUUGCUACCUUUGCCGAGAACUCAUUGUUCAAGCACGAGGCUUAUGGUGCCAAUCUGCGCGGCCCCAAGAUCCUGGACGAUCAUAGCCUUCGCGUAGUGUUGAAAUCGGACCACACCGGUGAAAGCAACAAUGCCAAAUACCUAGUUUACCAAGCUGCUGUCUCUCAUUCUUUUGGGUUGUCGAGUGAUAAGGCCCUUCAGUCUGUAACUUCUAUUGCCGCUAGAUCCAUUUACCAGGAUCAUCGCAUUGGCUUCGUCCGGCCUGGGUACGAUGCUGAUCUUGCUAUCUGGGACUCCCACCCGCUCUCAGUUGGCGCAACGACUGUCCAGGUAUUUAUAGACGGUAGAGAGAUACUAGAGCCCACAGCUUCUCUCAAAAUUCUCAAGAACCCAACCAAAGAGACCGACCUAGUUUUGCCGAAGUCUCGUCCUUGGAUUGAUCAGGACCAGAAGCAGCUAGUCUGCAGCGAAGCUUUAGCUGCUGAAUCGCGAAUUGUAUUCACUGGUAUAAAGGGCUUUCUGCUUGAGAGUCCUUCUGCCGACUUCAACACGGAUUCUGAGGGAGAGGCUGGCCUUGCCAUGACGGUGUUCAAUGGAGAUAUAACGUGUCUUGGACCCAAGGCCAAGUGCCUGCCGUCUCAGAAACAUGAGAAAGUCCUUCGAAUUGACUUGAACGAUGGCUACGUCACACCUGGCCUCGUUGCAUUCGGCAACAACAUCGGCAUCAUCGACAUUCCUUCAGAGUCAUCCACAGGCGAUGGAUCCCCUGGCCGCAAUGGAAAUGCUCUGAACCAGCAAAAAGAUCUGCACUUCGCCAAGUAUGGCAUCCAUUUCGGUGGGAGAGGAUUCGGUCGAGCAAGGGUCGGGGGCGUCACUAAAGUGAUCACGGCGCCAACUUUUGCGGGAGGGGUGAUUCAGGGCGUGAGUGUGGGAUUACGGACAAACGAAAACUCGACGAUACUGGGAGGUGGUAUCUGGAAAGAUGAGGUCGCUCUUCACUUUGCUGUGGGCCAAGAAGGGAAAGGUCAGUGA